CAAUAAAAGGAACCAAUAACCUUUCUCGCUCCCCCUCUCUGCAUUACUGCGGAAGUGCGCCGCUUUACCCCGCACUUGCUGUUGCAGUCGGUUUUCAUCUCUCCAGAGAGGCAGAGAGAGAGCUCACGUGGGUGUUCGCUCUUUUCCUCAAUUCAAAUCUCAAUUCAUUGGCUUCGUCUUCUUCAUAUAAAUAUUCACGGACUUUGUUCAGUUUCUGCAACGGCUUCCAAUUGACAGGACAACUACGGAAAACGAAUCAUGAAAGCGAGACUGGUAGUGUUUCCGAUCAGAGGAAGGAACUGGUGCUUUAGCAAAUCGACUGAUCAUUCGACGUUCGACUCUCAGUCCGCCCAAACUCCUUCAAACUUCAAAGAACUUUGGAAGAAGAUCUUUCCCUCCCCGUCCCCAUCCAAUGCCAAGCCCACAGGCUCCAAGGCUGAGCUCCUUGUUGAUUUCGCCUCUAAUAAGAUGAAUCGUGCUUGGACGGGGCUUGAAAGGGCGCCUCCUGGAAGUUUCAAAAAUAAGCUUUAUGGUUUGGGGAUGCGCCUAUUGGCCCGUGUUAAGCCUUCCGAGAUCUUCUUGAAGUCCAUUUCCAAGGAUGUUACAAAAGUUGAAGUUACGUUCCCCUCCAGUUUAAAUGAACGACUUGUACGCCGAAGGUUAAGGCAUAUUGCGCUAAGGGGAACAGUCAUUCACAAGAGAUACUUCUAUGGAUCAGUUUCUUUGCUUCCCCUUACAAGUGCUUUCACUGUUCUGCCUUUGCCUAAUAUCCCGUUCUUCUGGGUCCUAUUCCGCACUUAUUCUCACUGGAGAGCUCUUAAGGGAAGCGAGAGGCUUCUUUUUCUGGUGUCAGACUCCUCGAAGAACGAAAACUCUUCUGUUGCAGCACCAGGCAGGAGUGUAAGUGCACAUGCUAACCCUGAAAGUGGAAUCCACAAUUCACUUGGUCCUUCAUGGGUCUUGCAGCCAUCAGAGGAACUUGACCAACUUAUACGACAAGGAGAUGCAGAAGGUGGUCUCAGCAAGUGUAUCAUAUCAGAUAUCUGCAAGACUUUUGAUCUGAUCACAAUUGAUGUUCUAAAGUACCGAGAUUCAAUGUAAGUACUAUUAGCAUUCAGAAUAUGACAUCUGAAGGUUUUUCCAAUAGUAGCAAAAGAAAAUCUUUGGCAAAGCAGCAGUGUAGCGUUCACGGGGCUUGAAACUUUGGAGGGGGAAAAACAGGAAGUGAAAAAGGUUUUAGGUGUUUGAAAUGGUUGGUUUUUAUGCAUCUUAGAACAAUGAGCUGAUGAUCCAUCCUUUCAUGGUUACUGAGAAGGCUUUCAAGAACCUUGAAGCUGAUUUAUGGUGGAAAGUCUCUUAAGUCUUCUUGCCAAGCUGCAUGUCUGUUGCCACACCAUAGGAAGUUUCAGUCCCCGUCUUUGUUCAUGUCACCAAUCAGCACGCAUUUUUCUCUGUUUUCCUCUUUACAGGACGAGCUUACGUUUGCCUAAGUUCAGAACAUUUUGUAUUUCCACAUUAGUCAGACUUAAUGUCUUUCCAAUUUAUACGCCCGUAGCUGUUUCUUCUAACUCUUUGAUGAUACAAGAAAUUACCAAAGAUAAUUGUUG